AAAAUCUACUAGACAAGAAUUAGAUUACAGAAAACCAUAAAUCCUAAAAUGGCUCGUAAUUCUAAGUCUUAAGUUUAUAUGUGGAAUUUUGGGUUUUACUGUUUUAUUUACAGUUUAGUUCACAGAACAUUUUUAACGUUUAAUGUUUUUAUAAAUUAGACUAUUUCGUUGUUUCAGCUUGGUUAACAUGUCGUCAAGUUUUAAAUAUAAUGGUAAUAUUGGGCUUUAUGUUCAAUUACAUGCUAAGGGUAAAUUUGGCGAUGGCUAUAACCGACAUGAUUCAGAUCAACGAGACGUCGGUGGCCCGUAAUUCGACCGAUUCUGUAAAAGUUGAAGGUGUUAAGCGUUAUCACUGGGACACUUAUGCCAAAAAUGAUAUUUUAGGCUACUUCUUCUGGGGCUACAUUCUCACCGAAAUCCCCGGCGGCCGUCUGGCCGAAAUUAUCGGGGCUCGUAGGGUUUUUGGCGGUGGCAUGUUGGCAGCGAGUCUGUUGACAAUACUCACGCCAGUUAUCUGUGAUCUUCCCAUUCAGGCGAUAUUGUUUUCGCGCGUUUUGAUGGGUUUCUUCUUGGGCGCCACGUGGCCCGCCAUUCCGCCCAUGGCGGCCAAAUGGAUACCGCCGUUAGAACGGUCAAAAUUCAUAGCCAACAUGAUGGCGUCGUCGCUCGGUGCAGCGCUAACUAUGACCGUCAGCGGACUAUUGACGGAAAGGUUUGGCUGGCCUAGCGUCUUCUACUGCACUGGGGUUGUAGGCAUGAUUUGGUCAAUAAGUUGGUUCUUUUUAGUUUUUGACUCGCCAGCAGAACAUCCUCGCAUCACUGCGCAAGAACGUUGCGAAAUUGAAACCGCAAUUGCGGUCGCAUCCGGUAACAGUGUGAAACCAACGCGUGUGCCCUGGCUGGCCAUUCUCACUUCGGCACCAGUUUGGGCCAUUAUCAUUGUCCACACCUGCUCCAUUUUCGGCUACUUCACGGUGGUCAAUCAGUUGCCCACUUACAUGAUGGAAGUACUCCAUUUUGACGCCAAAAACAACGGAUUCUUAUCAAGCAUUCCCUAUCUAGGUAAGUCCUUUUAUUUUUUGACGUGACAACGUCUUAUAAUUCGAUGGAGCCGGCUGCACGCACGAAAAAACA